AUGAAACACACGACAGAAUCAGUCAUCAAAGUGGAGUGGUCCAAAACCCUAAAGCGUUUUUCACGAUCCCAGGUCAAGCAUUUGGUGAGCAUCGGCGUCCUCUUGGGCGAAGGUAACUAUGGCUCUGUCUUCAAAAUUUCCGGUCUUUUGGGCCAAAAUGCUCCCCCGUUGAUCCUUAAAGUCAGCAAAAAGGAAUUUUUUUCCAAUGACCUAAAGGAUGAAGCCCAUUUUUUACAUUUGCUAGACUGUGCCGGGGGAGCACCCAAGCUGUUGGCCUAUUCCCAAGACCCUCCAACUAUUAUGACCACUUACGCCGGCGAUCAAACCUUGCGCAAACUCCUGCAGAACUCCGACCAUGGUCUUUCCAAUUCACAGCUCCUGGAAAUAGCAAUAGGAAUUGGCGAAAGAUUAAUGGAAAUUCACCUGCUCGACGUCGUCCACAAUGACCUUCACUGGGAAAACGUCCUGGUCACCUUACCCACUGCUGACCAAGAUUUACAGCUGAGCCUUAUUGAUUAUGGCUUGGCCAAGAUGGCCGGAGAAAACCUCCACUUGCAGUCCGGAACUGCUGUUAACCAGGUUUGGAUGUGUCCCCAGGUACGUGAUGGUGUCUGCAGCACCUUCAAGAGUGAUGUAUAUAGCUAUGGCAUUAUCCUCACCCAGAUCCUGGACCAGCUGACAUGUGAUAUAUUUCAGGAGUUGGCCGACUUAAUUGAUGCAGCUUGCGAGUACGAGUCCUGUGACAGACCACCAUUGCGUGCGCUGUUGCAGAGACUAGAGUGUACACUGGAAGACGUGAGGCUCCGGGGUGUCUGA